GCUGGCUUCUUUGCCACCAAUAAAAUUGAAUUACAGAAAACAAUUCAUAUUUAAAACUGUUACAUAUUUCAUUGAGUUACUCGAAGGUAACAACACUUCAAUGGCUCUUCAGCUUCAUCUUCCUGCUUGUAUUGGGCGCGUGAACUCAGUCACAUGCUCACCGCGUGCUCGAAAAGUCAAGACUUUUGCUACUCUAUCACAACCCCGAAACGACGCCGUUAACUGGGUGGAAGCAACUUCAAGCUUCUUCGACCAAGACAAACGACCCAUCAUGUUAUUUGACGGGGUAUGCAAUUUGUGUAAUGGUGGUGUCAAGUUUGUUCGUGACAAUGACCGAAAUAAGACAAUUAGAUAUGAAGCUCUUCAGAGUGAAGCUGGUAAGAUGUUACUUAGAAGAUCAGGAAGAGCUCCUGAUGAUAUCUCAAGUGUUGUACUUGUUGAAAAUAACAGAUCAUACAUAAAGUCAGAAGCUGUGCUGAAGAUAAUGGAAUACAUAGACUUGCCCUUUCCUCAGAUAGCGUUUCUUCUUCAGUUCAUGCCUCUGUUUGUCAGGGAUUUUGUUUACGAUAAUGUUGCAAAUAAUCGUUACACGGUUUUUGGUCGCUCCGAAUCAUGUGAAAUCUAGCAUCAUCUCGGAAUGAAUACUGUAACAACAAUAACGUGUUAAGCUUGAGAGUUCAAGUUAUGCAAAUCUUUGAGUUGAAGUCUCCAUGUAUAUGUACUGUAAAGCAUUAGAAGAUAUAAGCUUUAACUCGAUGAAAGGUUAGAACAUCAUUUUGUAAUAAUAUCUUAUAUCUUAUACAUCAUUAUCUAUAGAUUAUAUAAACACAUUUUGACUUUA